GCCUCGUGGGCGACCGAGGAAGAGCGCGCCCGCGGCUCUGCCCGCCGCGCCCGUACGAAUGUCCCUCGUGCCCGUUAAUGUCUACGGGAGGAGCGCGUCGAAGCCUCCCGCGAGAGCUGCCAGCGUAGCAUCACGCCGAGCGCUAAGCCCGUCCAGCGUGCGUCCGGAGCAGCCGUCACCCGCGGGACCUAGCGCCCCAUCCCAUCCUCCGCGCAAUCGCGCGUACGUGCUCAUCGACUCCUCGCCCGCCGUCAGGGGGCCGUUACCCGCCGCACGGGCCGAGCGCGUCUGCGCCGAGCCUGAGUGCGAGAAUCGGCUCCCGCCGCGCGGCAAGUAUCGGUUUGCGAGUUGCAGGUCGUGCCGUGCGCGCAAGGUCGUGGCGAGGAAUGUGGAUGUGCAGCAGCAGGCUCCGCCGGCUGUCGCUACGCCGAUGCGGGCUGUUGAGCAGCCGCGUGUUGUUGAGAGGCAUGGGUGGACGUUGUUGACUGAGAACCCGGAGGAGGAGGAGGAGGAGGAGGAGGAUGAGGAUGAGGAUGAGGAAGAAGGAGGUUUCGAGGUUGACGUGCAGCCGCUCCAAGAUCUCCACGAGGAUGCGUUCCUCCGCGCUCCGGACACGAUGGCUACCCCGGGCCGCGCCCAGCCAGCAACAAGCAUGGGCACGGCAACGUUCGCGCCUCUGCCGCAAGCACAGGAGGAGGAGGAGGAGGAGGAAGACCAGCUGGCGGCGGGCCCCUCCACGAUUGCAUCAACGACGGUUCGCAACGAGAAGCGCAAGACACCGCCGACGAACACGGACGCGUCUGCGAUGCAGCAAGGAUGGACGCGCGACCCGACGACGAAUGGGUGGCAUCGCGCGCCGCCGCCGCCGCCGCUGAAGGAUAAAGAGAAACCGCGGUUCAAGCCGAGCGCGCUAUCGUCUCUCCCCCUCUCCCUCCCCACAUCCAUACCCGAGCCUCCCCCCUCCGCACCCGCGUCGGUCUCUCCUCGAAAUGCCGCGCCCGCGUCGGUCGCUUUUCCAACCGCCGCAAACGCCGCGCCGGAGCCGCUGGAGUACCAGACGAGCGCGGCGCUGCAUGCGGCGCUGGCGGCGGAGCGGGCGUGCGGGGGAUUGGUGCGGUUCAAGGGGAGCUGGGCGGUGAUCGUCGCCCCUGAGACGCUGGUGGAUGAGGUGCUCGUGAGGCGCGUGGCGGAUGAGCUUGUUAGGGAGAGCGGGUAUCCUGCGACGACGGACCGGAAUAAUGUGACGAUCGUGCUGCGUGGGACGUCGGGUACGAUGCAUAUGCAGUGUGAGUGUGCGUCGGGGGGAGGGGGAGAGGGGAUGGUGCGCCAGAGGUGCGGUGGGCAGGUGUGCUUGACGGUUGGUGAGACGGGGGAGCGGAUCUUGGCGGGGAUUACCAAGGGUCUAAGGGUGCUCAUCGAGGUGACGCAUCCGCAGCAUUUCUGAGCCUGAGCAGCACUCAUCACAAUAUUGUAAGUGUAUCGUUUUGUUAGACGGUCGGUUGGUGUGUUUACUGCACGGGAAAUUGUG